AUUUUAUGUAUCCUGCAUCAAUUCUAAAUCUAGCAAAAGUGAAUAAUAGACUAUUAGUGUGCGAAUCUACAGCUGAUGAUAAUUCUGUUGUUUAAUUGUGUCAGGAUAAGUUGAAUUAAUUGAAAUUAUUUAAAGGGGAUAUUGUAUUAUUAGAAGGGAAAAAUAACAAGAAAACUGUAGCAGUGGCACUUUCAAACAGAUAGGAUAAAGAAACAGUCCAUAUGAAUUCAGUUAUUAGAAAGAACUUAGGGAUUUAAAUUGGUGAUUUUAUUACAAUUUAACCAACAGCAUCUGUAUCUUAUGAAUUAUCAACUAUAGCUGCCUUAAUUAACUAAAGUUCACAUACUACCAUUCCAAGAUUCAAUUUCAGGAAUAAAUGAGAAAAACAUAACUUAGAAUUAUUUAAUUCCAUAUUUUAAUGAUGCUUAUAGACCUAUUUCAAAAGGGGAUUGUUUUGUUGUCAAGAUGGCUAAGGAUAUAGAGUUCAAGAUUAUUGCAACAGAACCAGAAGAUAUGGGAGUGGUUGGACCUAAAACUAUUAUUUAUACUGAAGGUGGAACUAUCAAAAGAGAGAUUGAAAAUAAAGAACAAUUUGAUAAUUAAACUGAUGAAAAUUCAGUCUUAAAUGGUUAUGGAAGUAUUGGAGGUAUGAAUAAGCAAUUAGCAAUUAUAAAAACAAUUGUUGAAUUAUAGUUAAGGAACCCUUCAAUUUUAAAAGCAUCAGGAUUAUAAACUAUUAAUGGACUAUUGAUAUCUGGAGCAUCUGGAUCUGGAAAGACAUUAAUUGUCAAAGCACUGGCUGUUGAAACAGGCGCUUGCAUAUUUUUUAUUAAUGGAUCUGAACUAGUAUGUAGAAAAUAAGAGGAGGCUGAGGAUAUACUUAACAAGAUUUUUAGAAAUGCAGAGUAAAAUACACCUGCUAUUAUACUAAUACAAGAUAUUGAUUGUAUAGCUCUAAAAAAAGGUGAAGGUAAAUCUUAGAUGGAUAGAAGACUAUUGUCUUAAUUAAUAAAAAUAAUGGAUCACUUAAAGGGAGGCGAAAAUUUAAUUGUUAUUGGGGAAACAAAUCGACCUGAUUGUAUUGAUCCAGCAUUAAAGAGGUUUGAUAGAUUCGAUAAGGAAAUUGAACUUGGAGUUCCAAAUGAGGAUGAAAGAAUGGAAAUCUUAAAAAUACACACUAAAAAAAUGAAAUUGGCUUAGGAUAUUGAUUUAGCAUAUAUAGCUAAAGCCACUAGAGGAUUUGUUGGUGGAGAUAUUGCAGCACUUUGUAAAUAAAGUGUUUUAUAGUGCUUAAAAGAUAAAAUGGAUUAUCUUAAUAUGGAUAAUCAGUAAUUGGAUGAUAUGACCAAAGAAAUUAUAACAGUUACAAAUGAAAAUUUCAUCAGUGCAUUAAGAACAAUGAAACUCAAUGAUUUAAAUAAGCAUUCUAUUGAGGUACCUAAUUUGCGUUGGGAAGACAUUGGAGAUCUAUAGGAUAUUAAAAAGUAGCUUUAAGAGAUUGUUACUUUGAAACAAAAAUAUUCAAAAGGUUUGAAAUAAUUUGGGUUGCAAUUCUCCAAAAACAUUAUACUAUAUGGUCCUUCCGGAUGUCGUAAGAAGUCUCUAGCUAAAGCUUUGGCAGGUGAAAAUUCCAUGAAUUUAAUCUAAAUUAAAAGACCUCUAUCAAGUCACUAUUUAAAGGAGGUAUUCAACCUAGCGAAGCAAUUAUAGCCUUGCAUUUUAUUAUUUGAUUAAAUUGACUUAUUUUUCAAAAAGUAGAGUACUGAUGAUAUACAAGAUGUUCAGCUUAAUUAGUUAUUCAUAAGUGAAUUAGAUGAUAUCUUUAAUGAAGACCAUCUAUUCUUUAUAGGAACAUCCAGUAAACCAGACAUCUAAGAUGAUAUUAGAUUAAAAGAGAGAUUCAAUUCUUUCAUCUAUGUUGGAUUACCGGAAUUUCAAGCAAGAGUAAUUGAAUUCAAAAUUAAUUUAAAAAAUACUCCAAUUUCUUAAGAUGUUCAUUUAAAUUCCCUUGCUUCAUUUACUGACGGUUUCUCAUGUUAUGAUAUAAAAUAAGUUUGCUAAAAUGCCAAAAAGGCUGCAUUGAAAGAAGUAUUUUAUUUGGUUUAGAUUUAGAUGAUUGAUGCUUAAAAAAACGCAAAAGGCACACCCCAAAAUUAUUCAUUAGAUUCUUUUCCUCAAAUUACAAGACAGCAUUUCGAAAUUUCAUUAUAAUAAACUUAAAAGUCAUACACUUAUCAUGUAAAUUAAAAUUAUUAUAAAUAGCAAAUUUAAUAAAUUUAAGCUUAUAAAAAAUAAAUUGUUUAGUAGUAAAAUUGCAAAAAUGAAGACUUCUAAUGGCCUGCAACAUCUUCGAAAGAUAAUCAGAUGUAUGAUUAUCAAGAAGAUAAUUGUUGAC